GGCAAUAUCUCAAACUUCCAUUCUGUUUAAUUUUUAGAGGAGACAAGAGAGACAAGACGACCCACUCAGAUAACGAAGUGAUUUUGGAUAUUGUGGUUUGUGAGAAAAUGCUGAGGAAGGGGCGUAGGCUCAAUCAGAAAGAUGAGCAAAUGCGUCAACUAACAAAUUCUGGCUCUGUGUUUUGGUCCUCUUUCCAAUCUGAUGAUUUAGGGGACAGAAACAGAAAGACCUCAUUUUUCAGUGUCACUGGUGUCUUCGUUGGGUUAAAUUCAAAAGUGUUUUCGGAUUCGGAUUCUGUUGGAAGCCCUAAAUCCCUUUUAGAUUGUAGGGUCUUCUCAAAAUUUGGAAGUCCUUUUAGACGCCCUCUGUCACCUUGUGAUGUGCAUCAAAGGAACUGGGAAUGUGACAAAGUGGGCUUGAAGAUAGUAUAUUCUCUCGACAACGAUGCCAAGGCAACCGGGGAAGUUCUCCGGUCAUCGACUGAUGGUAAGAACAUUCUCUUUGGACCUCAGACGAGGGGUAGAACUCCAGAUUAUGAAAACCAUACUGACUCUUUUAAGGCAGCUAGAUCUUUGCCCAAAAAUUAUGUGAUUCCCCCUCGUACUCAGAUCAAAUCUCCCUUAAACAAGGGCAUCUCCAAUGUUGUUUUUGAAACUGGAGAAACCCCAUUUGAAACAGAACCGCUGGGGAAAUUCCGUUCUUGUUCAUUUGAUUCCUGCAGGUCAUUUUUGGCUGUACCUGGUCUUACUAACAGCAACUUCGGUGCUCGGACAAACUUUGCCUCGCAAGCAAGUCCUCCUCCUGGAGGUGGAGGUAGCCCAAAUUUAAACAAAUGUUCGCCCAGAAAACUUAAUCCGAUCUAUAAAAAUGGACCUCAUGAGUCUCUCUCAGCUAGUGAGGUUGAGCUUUCUGAAGAAUAUACCUGUGUCAUCUCCCAUGGUCACACCCCGAAAACAACUCACAUUUAUGGUGACUGCAUUUUAAAAUGCGACGACUAUGGGUUCAGCAUCUCUAUUGAGAAUGAAAAGAAGAAGAUUGAAUCCUCUCUGCUGGGUAAAAGAUCGGGCACUUCGUAUCCCUCUGGUUCAUUCUUGAGGUCUUGUUACUCUUGCAAAAAGAAACUAGAAGAGAAAGAAGAUAUUUACAUGUACAGGGGUGACAAAGCAUUUUGCAGUUUGAACUGUCGAUCCCAUAAAAUUUGGAUUGAUGAGAAAUUUGAGAAAGCCAUGGAGGAUUUUUCAGAGACCUCUCUCCAGUUUGAAGAUGACGAACACAAACUCUUUGAAACAAGCAUGUUCUUUGUUACGUAAGGACUUUUCCGCUAUGCCCAUGAUGGAUGUAACUUUAAGCAGACAGGUAGAUCAUUUGUUCCCAAAUAGCUGUUCUGUUUUGUGUGAUCGUGUUAGCAGCCACGGAUGAUCGUGUUUGUAUAUUGCUCUGUUUGUUGGUUGCUCAGCUAUCAUGGGCAAGUUUUCGCACGUAUAUCAGUAUUGUGGGUCAAGUUUAUAACAGACCUGCUGCAAAGUAAUAACGCUUUUCACAGUAAUAUGUAGUUCUACACUGCUGUAUUGUAUU